AGUUCAAGGAAAGGAAUGUGGACGACUGUUUAGGUUCGGCUGAUAGGACGUCAGGAAGAGAUAAGAUUCUCCAAACAAGAAUCAGAGUGGACCUUCUCUGGUGGUCAGUCGCUGCUGACCCGCUGAGUGGAAAAUGGCAGCCAGGGGCUUGUGCUUGCUUUGCUUCGCAGCUGUUUUGAAGGUGAUGUCCUCUGAGGUCUGCAGCAACUUCUUCAUUCCAGGAGCCAAAGGAGAUCAAGGCCCGAUUGGAGAGACAGGAGACGAGGGGCGGCUGGGUAAGACCGGACCGCCGGGGCCCACAGGUGCUUCUGGAGAAAAAGGAUCCAAAGGAGAGUUUGGACCCCCCGGAAAAAUGGGGCCCACCGGAGAACAAGGUGACAAAGGAGACAAAGGCUUGGCUGGAGGCCCAGGGAUGAAGGGGAAACAGGGCACCACCUGUGACUGCGGCAGGUACCGGAAGGUGUUGGGCCAGUUGGACGUCAACGUCAGCAAGCUGCGGAACACAGUCAAGUUUGUGAAGAGCGUGAUACUGGGCCUGAGAGAAACCGAGGAGCGCUACUACCUCCUGGUGAAGGAGCCCAAACGCUUCGGCGAGGCCUCACUCUCCUGCCAGCUGAGAGGCGGCUCUCUGGCCAUGCCAAAAACGCUCAACAGCAACCGCCUGAUGGCCGACUACAUCAGCCAGGCUGGACUGACCAGAGUGCACAUCGGAGUGCAGACCCAGACCCAGAACGGAUCCCAAAGCUUGAUUUUCGUCGACUCCAGCUCUCUCUCUGGGUUCCCAUCCUGGACUCCCGAAGUGGAGCUCAGCUCGUGGAGCGCCAACUCCACCUGCGUGGAGCUGCACAGCACCGGAACGUGGGCGUGCGUGGAGUGUGAAGCGCCACUGUUUUUCAUCUGCGAGUUCCCAAAGAGCAGGAGGAGCGGAGGAAGGAACCCACCUGAACUAGCAUCCUCAUGAGUUAGCAAAGAUACAGCGCAUCAUGGAGGACCAUGAAUGAAAGGGUCAUAAAUCUAUAGACAUUUACCUGAGUUCUGUGUCCCAGACUGAUCUAAACUGUACUAUUAAAUUGUAUACAGAUCAAUUUCAUCUUCAAGUCGUUCAUGAAAUCCCAAUAUUUGAUACUGAAGGGAGAGUUACAGACUUUGACCGUGAUGAGGCUGCAGUUCGAGUUGUUUCCCUGGUGUCACUGUUUUAGCUGAUCGGUGCAA